AUGGUCUCUGCCAGGGUGGACUAUUUAGCUGCACGUUAUGUGAGGUUGUCCAUUUGGUUGUUUGCUGGGACACGACGUAAAGAAGGGAGCCCGGAGCUGCUUCGGCUGAAACAACGCUUGAACCUCAGCCCUCAGGAAGUGGUGGAGCCUCUCUGCAAGGUGGUCGAAGCGGGUGAUCGCCGAUUGAUAGAUCCCAUCGCCACCGACAGCGUCUUUGCCGCCAGUGACCUCAGUGAGCUCAUGAAGCACUACGACCAGCUGGCGGGAUAUGACCCUGACAACCGCGAAGUGCCGCAGGAUACCCUCUUCUGUGGACCCGUUGAAGAGGAGAGACGGGGGUGGAAUUGGAAGGAUGGGAAUCGGAGGACGAAAAGAGGAGACAUGGCGUAUGCGAAGGACUCGGUGAUGGGCUGCGCUGGUGCCAACUACUCCUGCAACGAAUCGCAGUUUUCGAGCCAUGCACAAGCGCGUUUCUACCUCCAGCCCUGCGACGAGACCGCACCCACGCGUGAAGAGGCCGAGCUGGAGCGUGUUUUUGGACUGCGAGCACUGGCACCAUGGGCCGGCGCCGUUGGCGUCACCGCAUGGCAUAUCCCUCCCUCUACAAGCGUCGCUGUCGUGGGCGCUGAGGAAAUGGACGUGAAGCCCACUCUGAGAGGCUGGUCGACCGACCAGUCGCCGGGUGGGGUGGCCGAUGGAAUUGGCUGGGAAGAUCCUGGUCCAGACAUUUCAAGACAGAUUUGGGCAGGUCCGGUGGGGCAGCGGGUCCGGCAGGGGCGUUUGAUACCAAGGUCCUUGGUGGUCGUUGAGACCAUCGACCACAAGCCGGGCGCUCAGUUCAGUGGAGAAGCGCCCGACCAUCCCACGGAGAAGCAGCGCAUCGAGACCGCGGGUGGCACGGUCUCCUUCGAGGACCCGCCGAGACUGGAUGGGAGCUUGGCCGUCAGUCGAGGCUUGGGGGACUUCGAAUACAAAGCCGACGGUCCGGAGGCUCAAGGCAUCGGUACCGUGUCCUGCAUUCCGGACAUCUACGAAGUUUCUUCCCUCGCGCCCGGAACUUUGUGCAUAUUGGGCUGCGACGGGAUCUGGGACGUCCGGGCCCGUCCCGGCCGCCGAGUCGCCGAAGACGCCGGACGGGUGAGACCGGGCACCACGGCGGGUGGCUCAGGCUCAGUUGGUGUGCGAGGCAUUGGCCACCGACCUGGAGCCUUGGCCGAUCUGAUCCUAGUGGAUCUGGGCGACAUCGCCGCGGAGAUUUUGAGGCAGUGCCUUCAGAGGAACAGUCGCGACAACAUGACCUGCAUGAUCAUGCACUUUGCUGAUGGCAGUGAUUGGGCAAACUUCCCAGACGAGAUGAAGAACUACGACAAGCUUCUCGGCAAGACCUCAGAACCAUGA